GGAGGGGGUGAAGUAGGCGGCCAGGCUUAUGGAGUCUCCCUCUUUGGAGUUGUAGGUAUUGCACUUCCUCCGUGUUCGCCAUAGCCACGAAUCCGAACCUCACACCGCUUGGCAGCCAUGGUUUCUCUCAAGCUACAGAAGCGCUUGGCGGCUUCUGUGCUCAAGUGCGGGGAGCGCAAGGUGUGGCUGGACCCAAAUGAGGUCAAUGAAAUUUCCAUGGCCAACAGCCGUCAGAACAUCCGCAAGCUGGUUAAGGACGGUUUCGUCAUCCGCAAGCCCCAGAAGAUACACUCGCGUGCUCGUGCCCGCCGCGCUCUUGAGGCCAAGCGGAAGGGGCGUCACUCUGGUUACGGAAAGCGCCGCGGUACCAGGGAAGCCAGACUCCCCACCAAGGUUUUGUGGUUGCGGCGAAUGCGGGUGUUGAGGCGCCUGCUGCGUAAAUACCGUGAUGCUAAGAAGAUUGACAAGCACAUGUACCACGACAUGUACAUGAAGGUCAAGGGAAAUGUCUUCAAGAACAAGCGUGUGUUGAUGGAGAGCAUUCACAAGUCCAAGGCUGAAAAAGCACGUGAAAAGACUCUGUCUGACCAGUUUGAGGCUAGGCGUGCUAAGAACAAGGCUACUCGUGAGCGCAAAAUAGCCAGGAGGGAGGAGCGUCAGGCUCAGGGUAUCUCUGAAGUUGCUCCUGCCCAGCCUGCUGACGCCCCAGUUAGUGCUGCUCCAGUGAAGAAGUCUAAGAAGUAGAGUAAGUGGCUGAAGCUUCUGUAAUAUGAAUUCUUCUGGUUGUGAACAAGCAUCAAAGGAGUCGAUUUGCUUCACUUCCUAGCUCUGUAGUGCCUGUCAAUCUGUGUGUACUCACUCCUUGGGCAACAUCUUCUCAUGUCUGGAGUUUGAUGGCAUACUUCAAUGAUUAUCACUGUAAAUGGGACAGAGGCUAUAUCAUGCCUUGAAGUGCAGUCAAUUGUUUAGGCACAUUCUUAAUAAAAAAAAAAAAAAAUCAUAGAUCUUUUUGUAA